AAAUACCCCCUCCAAAUUAUGGUUUCUCUUCACCAAGAUUAAUCUCAACUUCUUUCAUUCUUUUCUUCCUCUUCCACACAGAAAUUUUAUCAAGCCAAUGAAGAUGGCUGCAUCUUCUUCUGAUCAAUCUCUUUCUAGCCUCAACUUUGAGGUAAACAUCAUAAGAGCAAAAAACAUAGACUUCAACAACAAGUCUUCAUCAUCAGGAGACUUGUUUGUCAGAUGUUAUCUCUCUUCAGGAAAUAAUAACCAAAGAGUUCAACUCAACACCAAAGAAAUCCCCUCAUCACCAUCAUCAUCAACAUUUGAUCAUGAUCUCUUCUGGAAUGAAUGUUUUUCAUUGGAGUGCCUUGGAAAUGAAAGGUCCAUCAGCUCAUUAAGGCAAGAAGGAAAUGUUGUCUUUGAGUUAAGAUGGAGGAGAUCCAAUAAUGCUAGUAAUGGAUCAUUUCUUGGGAAAUUUUUAACUGGUGGCUCAAACUCAUCAAAGGUGUUGGGGACGGCUCAAAUUCCUUGGAAAAAUGUUUUUGAAUCAACAAACAUCGAAAUUGAGACAUGGGUUCCGCUGAUUUCAAGCAAGAAUCAUAGUAAAGUGAUCAAUCAAGAUGUGAAACCUCCUAAAUUGCAAGUAAGAAUGAAAGUCGAGGUACCAAAGAAGAAGAUCAUUGAGACAAGGAGGUGCGAGGAGAAAGAAUCACCAUCAUCGUCAUCAUGUGGCUGUAAAGAUGGUUGCGGGUGCAAUGGUGUUGAUUACAUUGAUUAUGACUUUUUUGGACUUGGAUUUGCUCUUGACACAUUUGAAGAUUGAGUAGAUAGAAUAUGUAAAUCAUCAUGCACUGAUUGAUGAAGGUGCUUAAUUUGUUAUUAGUUGAAUUCAUUAUUAUUAAAUCAACUGUAAGGUUCGGUUUUUGGAUAGAGCUUCAUAAUAUUGCUACAUUUCUUUAGUCUUUCUUAAAAGAUUAUUAUCA